AUGCCUGUCCAGUUCGCAGAUCGAGAGGGUGCACUAGCUGCAGCCCGAAAGGAAGUCCCCUUUUCACUCACGAAGCCACAUGAAUCGCUCAUAAUUCUCAUGGAUCCCGCUCGUCCACUGGAAUGGGUAUCCCGAAAUGGGAUCGACCAGAAAAAAGACGUUAAGAACGAAAAUCACCAGAACGCUGUUUUGUUAUACACCCGGGGUGUGGAGCCAGACGAACCAUGUAAGUCUUGUGCGAAUGGCGCGGGGACAUUCCGACGUUGCAUUGCUGCCCCCGACUUCCUCAUAAACGAAGAGCGUCGUUCGCUCUUCGUGGGAGCAUGCGCCAACUGCGUUUGGAACUCGAAGGGAUCGCAAUGCUCAUUCUACCUCGGGAAAGGGCAUGGUUGGGAUACCAAGCACGAUUCGAUGUUUCUCCAGCGUGGCGGUCUCUUGGCUACCAUGAACGGCAACCCCGUACGCCAGAUAUCGUUCACCACCAACCCGAAUAGAACCUGCAUGUGCCCGAUCGCCCUCAUUCUGAUCAUGGCGCUUCGUUUCGGACAAAUUGAGACAGACAUCACUACCUGUUUAUAUACCGCCCAGACACGACCAAGCGAAAUAAUACUGCGGGAGAACUAG